AUGGAGCAAAAGAACGCCAAAUCUGCGCGAGGUUCAGUGGCGCGAGAGCCACAUUGUGAGAUGGCCGUGUCUUGGUACGCUGUGCUCGCGCUUGCCGCCACUGCACUUGGAGCAUCGAUACCGAUCGAGAAAAACAAUGUGUUAGAAAGGUCAUCAUGCGGUCGAGUAUGGGUCACGGUACAUUCUCCUGAAAUAAGAUUGUCAAACACACACAAUAUCGAAGAUGCCAUAGAAUUGAAUUGGGAGUUCGUUGGAUGUUCAGAUGUGCCAAAACAGAUUGGACUGUUUGAUAAUCGACCUACAUCAUGGAACAACGUCAUCGCUACGUUUGUGAUAAACUCAGUUGAGGGUCAUAUUGUAACUAACAUCCCGCUGGGUGAUGUAUCUCUGCCUGGCGGUUGGGAAACCGGACAGGGGUUGAGAGGUCCUCAUUGCCUUUGGCCGUGGGUAGGAGCCGGGGACGCGCAAGGAAUACAGUCAUACAACUGUUUAAAGAUACAACCUACUUGGAUGGAAGACGCAGGAUCUAAAAUCAACAAUCUGCGUAUCGGUGAUCUGGCGAUUGCGGGUACUCAUAAUGCAGGUGCCUGGCGCUUUGACACUGAGACAAGUAACCAGUCACGGGAUAAUUUCAUCCUGUGUCAAGAUCGCUCCAUCUGGGCUCAGCUCGUCCACGGCAUAAGAUACUUUGAUUUUAGAAUUUCUUUCUACAGCCACUUUGAAGAAGAAGACGACAGGUAUUGGCUAAAUCACAAUUUAGUACGAAUCCGGCCCUUGGUUCCCCUUUUGAGAGAGAUCAGACAGUUUCUUGAUAGUACUAAAGAAGUCGUAUUUCUGGACGCUCAUCACUUCCCAAUCGGUUUCUACGACUCGAAUGGUUUACCCAUUCGCAGCGUUCAUACGGGUCUCUUAAGGAUUGUCCAAAGAGAGCUAGGACCUCAUCUAGCUCUUGCUAGAGACUUCGCAACAGGUGUAGGUACUAGAGGUCGCACGCUGCAGACCUUUAUCAACGCUGAGAAACGUCUACUCUUCAGUUACGUAGACAACACCAUAGUUAGUGAAAACAACUGGCUGUGGCCGAUUCUACCUCACUUAUGGGCCAACACGAACAAUCCAACUCAAUUAAUUCAGUUCUUAGACAACGCGAUUGCAAACUCACCAAGUCCUCACGCUCGAUCGCCAAUGUUCUCGGCAAUGGCACAAACUACACCCCAUAUUUUCGAUAUUAUUUUACAGCGUGGAUCUAUACGAAUCAAUGCUGAUCUAGUUAAUCGUGUCGUAAACACACGAUUGGCGACUCUUUGGCGUAGUAGAAGCAACAUCAUCUCCUCAGAUUUCUUCCUUGGAAACGAUCUUGUUGAUUUGUCUAUAAUCAUAAGCGUGGAGCGUGGCUCACGUUUAUGA